CUACUGAAGGCCUAGGUGUGAAAUGCACGGCCCGCCACUGUUAAAAUCUGAUUCUUUUAAAAGUUGUACUUUAGAAAACUAUAGGAUUCUUCUCACCAUAUAUGACUCAUUGUUGACACGUAAAGUCAUAACUUAUCAAAAAUACACCCGCUACUUUCUUAAAAUGACUGCUAAAUUGAACUCUUGCAAAGUCAACAAAAAACAAACAUAUUUGGAGGCAUUGAUGAAAUAGAAAAAGAGCCUUUGAUUUUAAAAUCAAAAGAUAGCUGCAUUUAACGGACAAAAACAGAAGUUUUUACUCCAAAUGUGAAUUUCUUGCAAUAGCUGUUCCCACACACAGGUUAAAGUAUAAUAUUCAGUUACAAGGACACUGCCGAUAAAGCAGGCAGCAUUUAUAAUUACUGGUAAAAAAAAUACCAGUUAUAUCUUUAUUUUUGCUUGUUUUUGUUUGUAUCCAUUCCACCUUUACCCUUGUGCCAUUCUAGGUAUGUUGGCAUUGAGAAUGGGGACUUGGACCUCACAAGACAGCAGGCUGAUAUUUUUUUUCUUUCUUUUUUUUUUUUUUAAUGAUUUUUGAUUUUCACUGGUGUCAGUAGGAGAUAUGAAAUCCUGUUGAUUUGUUCACAUAUGUCAUGGGAGGGAUAACACGGCUGGGGUCAUUUGGACCCUAUCAGAUAACACAAUGGUUACAACUUGAAGGAGGAUGAAGUUGCCAUUAAAUUUUCUAGCUUUCACUUUGACAAUUAUGGGUUAAGUAAAUAGUACACUACAUUUAGAGUACAAAUAAAGUUUAAACCAGCAGCAGAUAUUUUACUGAGGAUGAAGUUAAACUUUACCAUCGAAAGUAUGUUGACAUUAGGAAAAAAUCUUAAACAACAGCUCAUAUUUUUUUUUUAACUAUUGCAGUUAAAAAACAAGGAAAAGAGACAACACAUUUGAUUGGAUGAGAAAAAAAAUUGUGUCAGAUAUGGAAAUGAGAAUGGGAUUUUAAAACACACCUCAUCCCAGCCUUCUCAACACAAGUGCAAGGAAAGAGGGCGAUCAAAGGAAACAGAUUUUUUCCCUCUCUUCUUGAGCAGGUAAAGAUAUUUUAUUUUUUUACUUAAAACUAAAUUAUUUUCUGUGAUCUUUGUAUUGGGAACUCUAACUUUUUUCCCUCUCUUACAGUUUAUUCCUGACUGGAUCUGCAGAGACUUCUAUCAUGAACACAGAGUUUGCUACUGGGGCAGAUAAUAUGAUCAGCUACAUACAUCCCUGCUUUACCAUGAAAAAUGACACGUACAUGUUCACGAGUAACCCCUCUUUUGUUUGUGUCUUGCUGUAUAUAUUUCUCGGCUCACUGUCUGUUGUCACAUCAUGUGGAAACCUUCUUGUAAUCACAUCCAUUGUUUAUUUCAAGCAGCUCCACACUCCCACUAACUACCUCAUCCUUUCUCUAGCUGUGGCUGACCUGCUGGUUGGCGUUCUCGUCUUUCCCUUCAGCAUGGCCGUCACAGUAAGCUCCUGUAUGUAUCAUGAGGACCUUUUCUGCAAAAUACGAGACUGCUUUGACAUCACUCUGUGUACAGCUUCUAUUCUAAACCUGUGCUGCAUUUCCAUUGACAGAUACUAUGCUGUGUGUCAACCUUUGACAUAUUUAUCAAAUAUCACAGCUAAAGUAACUGCCAUCAUGAUCCUGGUGAGCUGGGGAAUCUCUGUGUUUAUUGGGAUCACCAUUACAGUUGCUGGAUUCAGUCAAGGCUCAUGUGAGGAGAAUUGUUCUAGUGAUGUUGUGGUGGCUAACACCCUGGGGCCUGUUUUCUCAUUUUACCUCCCUGCUGUCAUAAUGCUCUGCAUUUACUUCAAAAUUUUCCUUGUAGCACAAAAACAGGUGAACAGCAUCCAGAAUGCCAGCAGCUCAAAGUGUGGAGCAGAAGUUAGUAAGAUGGAGCGAAAGGCCACAAAAACUCUGGCUAUUGUUAUGGGAGUGUUUCUUUUAUGUCUCACUCCUUAUUUUAUUUGUGUUGUUUUUCAGCCUCUGUUUGUCACUCCUCCACAGAUCCCUGUCAUUGAAACACUAAACUGGCUCACAUUGUCAAACUCAAUGCUGAACCCUUUAAUCUAUGCGUUCUUCUACAGCUGGUUCAGGUCAGCUUUCAGAAUCAUAAUGUCUGGAAAAAUCUUUCAGAGUCACUCAGCAAACACGCAGUUAAUAAUAAAAUUUUCAGAAAAUGCCAAUAACUGAUUUUUUUAGGACUAACA